GCUCCUCCAGUCGCUUGCUUGCUCCUCCUCGUCCUCCCUCCGGACGCUCCCCUCGCAUAUCGAGCGACGACCGCAGCGGUCGCCGAGACAGUGACAGACGCACAGAUUGCGAUUGAGCGAGCGAGAGAGAGAGAAAGAGAGGCGAGAGAAGUGCAGGAAGCGGAGGACAGGGAGAAGGAGGGAGGGAGGGAGGGAGGGAGAGAGAGAGGAAUGGAGAGGAGAGCUCGCGGGAGAGCUGAAGGAGGUCGAGGGAAGAAGAAGCAAGGGCAGCAGCAUCAGCAGCAGCAGCAGUCGGAGGAAGGCUACGAGAAGUAUCGAGAUACGGGGUCGAAUUGGUGACAAUUUUCCUGUCGGGGUAGAGGAACAGGGAUUACAGAGCUUAGACGGUAGGAGGAGUUCUGCUGUUGUGGUGUGGUGAUGGUUGUACGGAGCGGAGAACGAGUUGAGUUUUGAUUGAGCGAGCGGUGGAGCUUUUGUUUGGUGUGAACGCGAGUUUGUGGGCGCGUCUAUGUCCAGCGGUGGUCUCGUUGCCUUCGGACUACCGCUUCCGGAUUGAGAGAGGGAGAGGGAGAGAGUUUCUUUCGUGGGAGGAAGAAAGUGGAGGAUUGGCGACCAAGAGGAAGGGGAGGUGAACCUGUGUUAAGGAAGGGAAAUUCGGGACGUGGAUCUGGAGGCUUAUUGAAAAGGCAGUGAGAAAAGUUUUGGGGACAGGAUAGCGGACCAGAGAUACCUCCGAGCUUACACUGAGUUCGGAUUGGGAAUGCGCGUGGCUGGUUUGUGAGGACAGUUUACUGGAUCGUACGAAGGACGCAAGAGUUUGUUGUCCGAACCGGAGAAGCUGUCCAUUGUUGGAAAAGAGUGUGGCUUGUUUGUUUUAGGAGUGUAUUUUUAUGUGACAAGGCGAAGAGUGAGGCUCGAGCUGAAGUUACGAAGCCGGAGGAGGGUCUAUUAAUCCGGGAGUGUCGAACGGAUCGAGUUUCUUGAAGGAAGGCUCCUGAAAGCGUAGGCCCGGUUGGUAUUGUCUCGUACUUGUGAAAGGAAUGAGAAGCAGUGGAUUGAGUGAGCUGUGUUCUAAGUUCUAGCGUAGGUUGCGGAGGUUCAGGAAAAGGCUCAUGUUAGGAGAUUUUGCAAAAGUUUCAACCUCCUCGUGUCGAAAAUCAGGACUUUCAGGCGAUGGAGAUUUGAGACACUUUCGGUUGGUUUCACUGCCAACGCAGACACUGGGACAGGUCCAGUAUUGAUGCACUGGGUGACGAGAACGGAGUCUCAAAGGCCUGCUGGUCCUCCGUCUGAUGUCAUGCAUAGACAAAAGGUUCAAAACUGGCAGCCCUCGCAGUUCAAUGCGCCGCCAAUUCCUCCAUGUGGGAACCCCCGCUUCGACCACACAGUACCGGGCUCAUCUGCCCCUUUCAUUCAUCAGCAUUAUGGAGGCAAACAGCCCGUCCUGGGAAAUCCCCAAUCUCCACCACUCUUGCAGGUUUCUGCAGGUUACAUGGUUCCAACGGAAGCCCCUUCUAGACAACAAGUUUUGCAUCCACAGCCGCUGGCUACAUCUAAUCCCCCUAGCCAUUCUAUCCACAGCCAGAGCAUCAGUCUUGUUCCUCCUUCUUCCAGUGCUCCGCACUCUUCUCUCUAUUCACUACCCCCGCAACCCCAGUCUUCUGUAAAUCCCCCUUCUCUUCACCCUCAACAGCAAUACCUAGAUGCGGCGCAUUCAGUCCACCAGGCUGGACACUCAAAGCCGGACGUAGACGAAGAGUUCAAUGAUCAAUUGCAGAGGUUUUUGGACUCACCUGACGGUGCGUCGAGCGACCAGAUGGCCGAGUCGCCUUGUAAUGAAGCUUUCGGUGCCACAGUUGAGGAUGGGUGGCCAUCCUGGUCGGAGUACGUUCCUGACGACAGUGGAAUAGCUACUUGUUGGACCAAUUUUGAACCAGGUUGCGAGUCAGGCGGGGAUCCAGUUGUGCGUACUGUCUACCAGUCUAAGGACUAUCCAAGCUUAAGGCUUCCUGAAGGUGGUCAAGCUUCUGAUCAGCUUCAACCAGGCGCACUUUUACAGCCUCCGAGUAGUUGUGGCCCGUCUGGAAAUAGUGCUGCAUCGGCCAAGCAACGACUUCGCUGGACCCCCGAACUACAUGAGCGAUUUGUCGAAGCUGUUUCAAAUCUUGGCGGUGCCGAUAAAGCAACACCCAAAGGUGUUCUUAGAGUGAUGGGAGUGAAGGGACUCACCAUAUACCAUGUGAAGAGUCACUUGCAGAAAUACAGGCUUGCCAAAUAUAUCCCAGACAGUGUUGAAGGGAAAACUGAGAAGAAGAGGAACCAGGACAUCAUACAACAACUAGAUCAGACAUCUGGAAUACAGUUGACGGAAGCCUUGCGCUUGCAGCUUGAAGUCCAAAAACGACUUCAUGAACAGCUUGAGGUGCAAAGACAUCUCCAGUUGAGGAUCGAGGCGCAAGGCAAAUACCUACAGAAGAUUAUUGAGGACCAAUCCAAAUUUGGUGGUGUCCUCAGUUACAAGUUGGUGCCCGCAGGGCUUUCAGACUCGGAUCCCCCUGGAACGGUCUUGUUAUCUGGUUCUCAUCUGUCUGGAGAUAUUCCUUUGCCAACAACUCUGGUCACACUUCCCGCGACAGAGAAAGGUCAGGAACAAACUGCAAGUGAACCACCACUGAAACGAAGCCGGACGGAUGAUUCGAACUUGUCUUCAGAAACCAAGGUGGCGAUGCCGGAGCAAGUCCUGAGCGUUACAGGCAGUACAGAACCUCAACUCCUGAAUGACAACCCGUCGUCAACCGUCAAGCAAGCUGUUCCCCAGGUCUUAGAUACUGAUCAGUCUUGCAAUCCGCCAUUGUUAAUAUCUCGCGAGAAUGAUUCCACUGCCUCUCCCGCCCAGCCGGACACACCGGCACAAGCUCGACAGCAGGCUGGCACUGCGGAACGUCAGGUGUUACCUGGAUCUCCACCGCAAGGGAUUGUAGUCAAUCCGUCAAGUUCCCAAGAAGCUGGUCAAGUCGCCUCUUCAACUCAACCUUCAAUUACUUCAGAUACAGGCAUCCGCCCAGUUGAACUCAUGCCUGAUGGUGGGAGCAUCGGAAAAUCAAGCUUGGUUGAAGCUGAAGCUGAUCUAAUCCCUCCCAUAUCUCAGGUUUCCCCUCCAAAUGGGACUGUACAAGCAGAGUGAUAGCUAUGAUUCCAAGAUGUUCAAAAGCCACACUCAGAACCUCAAGCUUAUUGCUGGGAAAAGCUCUGAGUGCCAUUGUCCAAAUGAAGAUGGAGAUUUCUACAUUCAGUCACCUGGUGGAACUCAAGGAGCGAUGUAAAGAGACAGGAAGUUGUGUCGAUUUCAAAGGAAGUAUAGGUCGGAGCACAUUCUUUUCUCUGUGAUGGCUACCCGAGUAUUGCCUCCAUCAACGGUCAAGCAUUCUUUUCCUGCAUCCCUUCACAAUAUGAGAUUUUUCUCGUGCUCCCUUCUGCAUCUACAGGCUCACUUACGAGAAUGGCUGUUUGUGCAGCACCUAACCCAACCGUGCAAAUGGGCAAUGAUUUGACCAAGCUACAGUUAGGGAUUGUUGUGUGGGGCAAAUGUUUGUUGCCACAUUUAAUUUUUGUGAUGGCAGCUACGGAUGAUUUUCGUCAAUAUGAGUUUGUGGGCAGGAGCCAGUUGCAUUUGUGUAUGAUAAUUGAGUGAAAACGUGUCAGUGGCUUUUCUUGGGUUGUGGUCCCAGUUGUUGCAUUCUGCAUCGGGAUAUAUGGUUUAGUCGGAUCAUAACCAAUCCCUUAUCUGACGGGUUUACACUCAUGGCAGGUGCAAUUGUAGGGUAGAUCUAGAUGUAUAUUCUCGACUAGAGAAUUUUGCCUUAUUUAGAUUCAUACACUUACUUGUAAAUCAUUUCUGAAGUCAGUUUGUCUCACAUUAUAUAUUUGUUGUUUUAAUAUUUCAUGCGUCUGUGUACAGUAGCAACUACUAUGUAGUGCUUGACAUUAGUGCACUAUUGAGAUUAUUAUUCAUCCAUUGUGCCAUACACAUUUUGACUACAAACAAAGGACAGUCUAUUUUGAUUUUGUGUAGAAAGCUUUAUUCCGGUACUCAGGUUAAGUCUAAGUUUACCCCUUAGUCUCUACGGUUUACUGGAGAUGGAUCUGAGCAUAGUGGGGAUGGAGCACAAUCUCAGAGGAUUGCAGUUCUUCGAAGAUUCUUGCAAUUGUCGGAAUUUUAUAUGGAAACAAUUUUGCGAAAGUGAAGUUUGUCUAGCGGUAUGAAGGAAGAGGUUUGAGUUGCGCGGGGUCUGUAAACCGGUGAAACGAAUUGUUCUGAACACGUGAAACUACGACAUAAGUAAAGUAAAGUGAAUGGCGAUCAGGCUCUGUAUACGAAGUAUACUUUCAGGAUGUUUCGAUACAAGCGAACGUAGUACUAAAGGUCACAAUUGGUUCUAAUCUGUAGUCUGAAAACCUUAUAUGUUCUGCAUUAGACUAAAGACAGACUAGAAGCAUCUUAGAGACGAGAUUGCUGGCUGAAAUGGUAGCCGGGUAGGUGCGAGUGAUUGUGUCUGGUCUUUUUAUUUUAUGGGCUUCGAACUUGUCGGAAUACUCGGGUGUUUAUUCCGAUUACAGGACAUUACAAGAAGGCAGUUGUUGAAAAGGCCUGCUUCAUUGUCAUUGACAUACAAAGCCCAUACCUGGAUGUCAGGUCGCUGUACAAAGGAAUCGAGUGUGG